UGGAAAUUGUAACAUCAUAGUCCAAUGCAUGCAACUGUCAAAAUGUUUGCGCUACUGAUUUUGUCUUUGGUUUCCACCGCUUACGCUGGUGUAUUCUUCGAUUCCAAAUGUCCGGAAGUUAAAUCAUUGGACAACUUUAGUUUUUCGAAGUACGGAGAGAGUGAAUGGUUUGAAGUGGCGCGGUACCCCAACGAUCAAGAGAAAGGUUUCAAAUGUAUUCGUAGCAGCUACUCUUUCAAGGGCGACUUUGCAGAGAUAAAGAGUUUCUUAGUGAAAGACGGCAAAGAAUAUCAAUUAGAGGGUACCCUUAAAAAAGCAGAGGAUGGUCAAAAAUUGAUAUCUAACCUACAGUAUGACAGCAUAAAAAUUGAAAACAGCGUUUAUCUUUUGGACAGCGAUUACGAAAACUAUUCCAUAGCUUACAGCUGCAAAUAUGAUGAAGAAAAGAAAUCACGUCAAGAUUUCGUUUGGGUCGCCUCCCGGAGCUUACCGAUGAGUUCUGACAUCAAAGCUAAAGUUGAGAACUUUAUGAAAGCUUCCUCAUUUCUUGACUAUGGCAAAUUGAUCUGGCACGAAAACGACUGCAGCAAUCUCAAAUAAAUGUCACGUAUGUCUAUGUAACCAAAUCGUUUUUAUUUUAAUACUAAACCAGUCAUAAAUGCGUAUAAAAUAAUAAGAAUAUUUUCUUA